AUGGAGGACUUAAGGGGAAUUUUGCGAGUUUUGUGUGCCGAAAAUAGACCUUGUGUAUACACUUCUUAUGCGUUUGAACCCUCGUUUUCAGGUAACUGUGCAUCACUGUGUCCUGAAGGAAUGUUUUCAAAAGGGAACCUGUACUGUGUGCGUGACUGCGGUGCGGGUUUCUAUGGAAACACUCAAGAACGUAGUUGCCAGAAAUGUUCCUCCAACUGCAAGACUUGUCUCAAUGGAGAAGAGAACAACUUGUGUUCAAGUUGUAACUCUCAACUUUUUCUCAAAGGUAUUGUGCAACACGUAACAAUUUCACCUCACCUCACGCCUUUUCGCUCGUUCUGUUGUAGUUUACGGAUUAAUAAACUCUGACAGGAGGUUACUUUCACGAGUCUUCUAAAACCAGUUAAAAGAGAAUUGUGCUAUGAAUCAGGAUUAUAAAAUCGGACCACCCGGUCUGACAGUCAGACAUAAUGGUAUAUUUAACAUUUUUCAUGUAUGUUUCGUAUUAAUCUAAUGUAUCGGUAAAUAGAUUUUCCCCUUUUUUGUCAGUGCUAGUUUUGUUCUCGAGGAUAUUAGCCGUUCAGGCUACUCUGAAAUUCGAGUAUAAAUAAAGUUCAUGUAAUGUAAUUUAAUAGGCUUUUUGUCGAGGGUUUUUGCUAAAAUCCUACCAGUGCCGUGCUUCUUAUUUAGUAAUAGACUGAUCUGGAGGGACAGUCCUGAUUAAUAUUGGAAUCAUCUUAACGAAUAAUCGAGCCUGGAUUGUCUCUCCCCCCCCCCCCCGCAAUUUUAGCAAAUACAAAGCGUCUUUAGUCCAGCACGAAAAGCUGAAGCACGUGUCCGUUUACAAGCUAUGUAUAUACCGCUGUCCAACCGGGAACGAACUGCGGACUUAUGCGUUCUGGGGACUGUCUACGACAAUAUCGAUUUACGAUGAUCGUAACAUCUUUAAUUCUCGUUAAACUCGUGUGGACUGAAGCCGUAAAUGCCUAAAUUUGUACACUGUAAAAUAUACGUUGGGCUGUUGCUCCUCUGGUCAAGUUUUUGAUAGUGGAGACCUUUAGAUUCGAGGACGAGGACGACUACGAGUACGAGAUUUGACUUAACGUUUUUUCGCGUAUUCUCAAAAUAUAGACUCCCCGGAAAGCUUUAUUUUACCAUUUUUCACUAGAAAAGUUAGCAUUGUCAUCUUUAGUUAAGGAAGUUAUACGCGCUCUCCCGAUCGCAAAAUAAUAAAACUUCUAACAUUUGAUAUCUUGUUUUCGCCACCACGACAUUCGCGCGAAAACUCGUAGUAGAAUGACGACGGCUACCACGUUUUCCCGCCAAAAUGACGCUGGUUCACGCGCGUACGACCGCGCGUACACUAUUUAGUAUUGAGAAAAUCUCGUACUCGUAGUCGUACUCGUCCUGGAAUCUAAAGGUCUCCUGUAACGACGAAUUUUGUCUUACAGACAAAACGUGCGUUCGAAGUUGUGGCAAUGAUAGAUUUAAUAAGGGUCCUCCUGAGACCCAGAUCAAACUGGUCGGCGGAAGCAGCCCUUUCGAGGGCCUUCUGUUGAUUAAUCACGAUGGAAAAUGGGGCACAGUUUGCGAUGAUUCCUGGGACAGUAAAGAUGCCACAGUUGUAUGCCGGGAGCUGUUGUUAGGAUCCGCUAAAGAGGCAGUGAAAUAUGGCAGACUGGGGAAAGGAAAAGAUUCAGAUCCAAUCUGGCUCUCCAUGGUAAGAAUAUUUCAGGGGUCAAGUUACUAUUUUGCUUGAGCAAAACCUACGGACUUAACAACACGAUACAGUUCUGUUGGCAAAUAACGUUUUCCUUAAAACGGCGCAGUUUUUCUUUUGCCCAAUACAAGCGGCUACUCAGUAUCGUCUUAAAAAAUCGCCACGCUUGGGGGGGAGAAACACACUGAGAAAAUGUCGUUAACGUCUCAUGUAUCGCCGUCAUCAUCAUCAUUAUCAUUAUUGUCACUUGUUUACAGACUUCAUGCUUAAUGACUUGUCCAGAAUGCAUACGGCUGUGGGAAAGAUCUGAGAUCUUUUGUCCCAGCUUCUGGAUGUUUCCCUGAUGAGCCUGUUUUUCGAAUUUGGUCAGGCUGGUUUUGUCCGUUCGUUUUACCGAAGUAGUUUGUGACCAAAAAGUGUGAUAUUAUGAUUGAAGGCGUUAUGUUAUGUUUUAUUUUUUUUCUCAAGCUCAAAUGCACCGGAGAAGAGAAGAGACUGGAAAGAUGCGCACAUAAUGGUUGGGGUAACCAUUCAUGCAGUCAUGAUGAAGAUGCUGGCGUACGAUGUACAGGACCAGACACGACAAGAGAAUGUGUUACCGAGUGUGGAGAUGGCUAUUACCUCAAGAACGGAAAAAGGCAAUGUGCCGCAUGUUCCUCAAGUUGUCUCACCUGCAAAGAUUCACCGGACGCUUGCACGAGCUGCGACUCUUCGAAAUUUCUUCGAAAAACAGGUAUGCUUAAAAAGUGACGACAUUUUAGCCACGCUAAAUGCUAUUAUCGUACUCUGGUUUCUGUUGACGUAAUAGGUCAUUUUCGCGAUGACGACAUUUGAGUACAACUACCACAAUUCAUUUCGUCUCCGCUCUCUUAUUUGAAUUAGUCAAUCCCGCUGGUGUUUAAAAGACAAUAGCCCUAGUUUGCUAAAGAAAACAACAAACUGUAGGAUUCUGGUAGUUGUGGUAAAAAGACGUCGUCGUGCUAGUGUCCUAUACGCCACUUGCACAUCUCCCAUACAACAAAGGUUAUGCAUUUUUAAGAGGCAAAUAAGGUGCAUUAUGGGAGAUGUGUAAUUGGCGUAUUGCUUUUACAAACAUGAGGCCUGCUGAGAAUUGGCGCUACAGUUCAUAAAAAUAACAAAGAAAUUUAAAUGAAACCCUUAUUGAAAAAGAGGGUAACUGUCAUGAUUACUAGUGCAAUUAAUAAUUUCGAAUCUGUUUUUCGGAUGGGCUCUAAAACACGUUACAAGGGCUAAGUCGCAAUUUAACGCAGUUUUAGCUCUUAACAAAUACGUACUCAUAGAAUUUGCAGACAUGUAUCAAAGGAACCUCAGAAAUCUGUAGAACACAAAGGGCUGGUUAUUUAAACAGAGUUUAGCCACUGUUAAACAAAAUCUUGUUCCAAGCCAUUUUCAGUUUACUCAACGUAAAUGGCGUACUACUCAUUCUGAAAGUACGACAGCCAUUUUAAAAUACGUUAAGUGUUUUGAGAUAUUCAAGUAAUAGUCCGCAGUAUAUAGGGUAGUGAUUUAAACUUUUUAUUUAUAAGAACGUCCAUUUUCGAGUUGAGCCUGGACAGGUCUUUUUUGGGGGGCAGUUUCAGCCUGGAAAUGUUCUUAAAGAUGUUCUGAAAUUUCGUUAACGGAAAUCAGAUCACUUUUAAGCUACAUAUAGACAAGUUAAGACAAUGAUUAUACUUUUAAAAAAUUGCGAAAAAACUUUUCUUAAAAACAUUUAAGGAACUUUUAAAUAAGUCAAGUGGUGUAGGGCUCCCUGUAUAACCUCCCUGUAUUGAAGAGAUUUAGAUUUAUUAUGACGUGUUAAAGCUUGAAGCAGUAUUAAAACGCUUAAAACGUAUUUUGAUCAGCACUGCUAUAGCUUGUUUCGAAACGCUUUUUCUACGGCUAGUUAUCAGACCCCUCGGAUAACCCAUUACAAGUACUGAAUGUAAAUAUAAUGUAUCGACCAUACACGCUGAAAGAACAAAAUUUUACAUGCACAGUCGUGGAUUCCAUAUGGGACAUUAUUUAAUUCGGAUGUUCUAGGUUUACUGGAAAGUAAAAGCAGUGAAAAAAAUAGAUUGUUCUUCUCUGAGCCUCGAGUAUGUUCUUAGCAUGUUCUUAAUAUUUUGGCAAAUUUCAGGCUGAACGUUCUUAUUAAAAAAGGGUAUUGUUAAAAAAAAUGUGUAUCGCCUUUUUUUUUCCAACAGAUAAAAGCUGCGUGACAUCAUGUGGAAUAGGUUUUUAUGGUGACACUUCUAAUCGACAGUGCAAACCAUGCGAUCGUGGAUGUCGGACGUGCGGGGACGGGACGUCUUCUACUAAUUGUACAAGUUGCCCGGACAAUCGCUUUCUAAACGGAAGUCAGUGUCUUGUUAGUUGUGCCCCGAGGCUAGUUGGUCAGAAACGACGCAUUCGCUUGAAAGGUUCAAACUCUACCGAACUUCAAGGCCGAUUGGAAGUGUUUGUGAAAGGAUCGUGGAGCACUGUCUGCGGCAAUACCUUUGAUUUUCGCGAAGCAACCGUGGCGUGUCGGCAGCUGGGUCUCGGAAGUGCCUUGAAAGCCGUAAAGAAUACCGCGAAAUUCGGAAGGGGCACUGGAUCGGUAUGGUCCAAUGAACUGAAUUGCACUGGACGAGAGCAAAGUCUCUUUGACUGCCCAAUUGGGGCUGAGAGUCGAUGCUUUCAUGACAGAGACGUAGGGGUUGUUUGCCAGGGUCCAAUUCCUAAGACCCUACAGACUGGCCAAUGUUUAAAGAGCUGUAAACCUGGAUGGUUUAAAAACGAUGUUGAUGUCUGUGAUUUGUGUGCCGCGCACUGUGCUGAAUGCACAAGUCGGAGCUACCGAUGUAAAAAGUGCAAACCGCCGAAGUUUUUAACAAAAAACAACACUUGCGUCGACAAAUGCCCAGAUGGAGAAUUCGGCCAUGUACCUACCCGUGAAUGCAAGACGUGCAAUACUGACAAAUGCAUGACAUGCGCAGAUGGAAGCGAUAAGAACAACUGCACGUCCUGUAAGCCUCCAAAAGCGCUGAAGGAUCGCGAGUGCCAAAAGGGAUGCGGUCCCGAUUUGUACCAGAAGAAUGGAGUAUGCGUUAAGGAUUGUGGCGAUUUAUUUUACAAGAACAUUACUAAUUUCUCCUGUUUGCCUUGUCCCGUCGACUGUUUACAGUGCAACGUCUCAAACAGCGCUCCUAAAUGUACUGUCUGCGCGCCACCUCUCGUGUUUGAAAGGGACGCCUGUGUGGCAAAUUGCACAGGUGCAAACUUUGCCGUGCCGAUCAAGAACGGUUCAUUUCCCUCCACUCCGCUUUUGCGGCUGACUAACGGCUCGGAUUAUUUUGAAGGCGUGUUAGAAGUUCUUCACAAUGGUGUAUGGGGAACUGUUUGCGAUGAUGGAUGGGACGCAAGGGAAACCGCUGUGGUGUGCAAAGAACUGGGUCUUGGGACAGCUGAUACUGACACAACACUUAGUCACAUCAAGAAAAUAUCCACUGGCAAGCAGUGGCUUGACGAUGUUUUCUGCACCGGAACAGAAAAAACCUUCAGUGAAUGCAAGCAUCGUCCUUGGGGUCAAACGAACUGUCGUCCAGACGAAAACACUGUUCUUCGUUGCACUGGACCAGGAGUGCGAACCUGCAAGAACAAUUGUCCAGAUGAAUUUUACGCUAAGGGAAAAGUGUGCCUUUUCUGUAAUUUCGCAUGUAAAAAGUGCUCUGGGAAACCCAACAAUUGCAGCGAGUGCUCCGAAGGCUAUUAUAAGAAAAAUGGCACGUGUGUUGCUGACUGUGGGCGUGGGUACUACCUUGAUGGCACUUGCAAGAAAUGUAACCAGACAUGUGGAAGUUGCGAAGGAAAACCCGAUAAUUGUACAUCUUGCGAUGCUCCUAAAUUCAAGAAAGGCUCAAGCUGUGUACAGAAUUGUUCUGCCGGUUAUAAUCCGUCACCCAAGCCUCAAAUAAAGCUUGUCAGAGACAAUAAGUCACUGUCACCUCUGGAAGGUCGCGUCGAGGUGAGUAUACAUCUACUUUCACGUUCCCUUGUCUUCUGCCUAUUCCCGCCCCCUUCGAACACAACUCAGGGAAAAGGGAGGAAAAAUUCGAAAACCGGUAAUAAUAUUUGUUAGGUGGCGCUAUUUGGCCAUCCUUCAUGCCCCCUUUCCUCGUGGAUCUUUACACUCACGCUGGGUACCUCCUUCCCUUUGAUUGUCUUGCUGCUCUCUCCUCCCCCAGAGGCUACCGCUGGGUAUCCAUGUAUAAACAGCAAUAAGCGCGUGGGGGCCAAGGGGAAAGGCGGAAGCCUCGCUUCCUCUCUUUCCCCUUCCCAUCUUCCCUAGCGCGCCUUUUUUCCUGCGUCACAAAGCGGCCUCUGCAGAGAAGAGAGUUCCAUUAAAACGAACAAUGACUAUGACAUAGCCUGCGUAGCAGGCGCUUGGAAGUAGCGGGCGAAAGAGAGAACGGGCGCGCGCGAGGGAGACACGCAAGGGGUGACAAGUAAAAUAGAUCAUUAUCGCUUCUCCUUCUGCAUGUACCAGAUUCCGUAAAACAAAGAAAGAAACAGUACAACACCCAUCAACACCUUGUUAUUCAGGCUUGACAUAAAAUUUCAUUCACUAUGGCGGCGCAGGACAUUCUCUCUUUUAGUAAUGCACAGCAAAAGAGAUAACCGGGAGACGAAUUUGGGCGAGAUAUAAAACAUAAUUUAAGAACUUUUCGUGGCUCAUUUUUGGGUCGGCGUCAUUACCCUAUAAUAGGCUCUUUUGCAGUUAGAAAUUCAACUGUUACAAAAGUCAUUUGUAACCAUUUCACCAUUUUAAGCUGAUCUGGCUUCGUGCUACUUCUUUCAUCUUUCAGAUUUUGCAUGCCGGUCAGUAUGGGACAGUAUGCGAUGAUUACUGGGACAUCAGGGAUGCUAACGUUGUAUGUAAUAUGCUGGGUAUGGGAAAUGCGACGGCCGCUGUGACACGCGCCAGGUUUGGUCAGGGCCAUCCAUCCAUGCCUAUUUGGAUGGAUGACGUCGAUUGUAAAGGUAAUGAGUUAAAUGGAAUUCCCCCUUCGCAGCGCACCGAGGGGAAAUCAGCGGCAAUUUUAUUUUUUCCCGCCGCACACCAACACUCCAUUUAAAAUUAAGUCUGACGAGCGGCACUAGUCUCCAUCGCAGCCGUUUUUAGGCUCGUCACGCAACGCUAGGAGGUUAGAAGACCGGCAGAAAUUUAAUCGGUCUGGAGUUUUCCCAUCCUAAUUUUAGCCAGGUUGAUUGUGAGGAUGAAAUGACUUUUCUUACUAUAUUCGCAUUGUCACUCCGUUUAAAGGAGUAUUUCUGUACGGCCUUUUUUUGAGAGUUCAUGGUCAAAAACCUCAGUUUCUAGACAUUGAAUAUGUAUUGGGUGAAAGAAGUUUCAUGUGCUAUAACGUAAAUUAUAUAAUGUAAGCUAGGGUUAACGGGCUGAAAUUUCUCUGAUGAGAUCACAAGACCGAAAUGGCUCGGUUGACCGGUUUCUCAACUCAAGGUAAAUUGCUUUUUAUUAAGAGUGCUAAGCAAUGAAAAACCCUGUAAAUCCUUCUAAACUACAUGCCCCAAAAAAGCAACUUGACGUACUGUCCAUGACCGAAUAGAAGCCGGGGGCGUAUAUUUAAUCUUAGGGGUCCAGGCCGGGGUGAUUAAUAGAUAGGAGGCGUUUAAAAGAGAAAGGCGUUUAUUUUCAAUUUUGUAGCGAUCGCUACGAAACUAAUGCAGUGCUUUCGGUGAAAAUGUUAAGAGAGGUUAUAAAUAGCGAAAUAUACAAUCCAUCAAUUUUGAUAUGUCUAGGCCGUCUAGAGAUCCAUUUUUCUCUUUCUAAUCUCGACUUCGCUGUCAGAAUCCUCACUCAGGGUCAUUGUGUCCGGGGGGGUUCUCCCCUAUAAAAGUGACAGGGGACAGAGGUGCCCACCGGAAAAUUUCGAGAACACUCCUAAAAGGUACCAGAAACUUGCUUUAUGAGCGUGCCCCAAAUUCAUUUCCACCCCUAAGAGGUACCAAUUCAACAACAACAAAUUAUAUAACUGGCACUGCAAAUUUUAAUAGCAAUUAAAAGAUAACUUUCGACCACUUUCUUCUCGAGGACUUUUUGAAAGUAGUGUCAUAAAUCUUUAUCCUAAUGGGUGAUGAUUUUACCGCAGGCCCCUAAAAGGUACCGAGGCAACUCUGGCAGCAGUUUUUGUAGGUUUUAGCACCCCAAGCGGUACCAUUCCACAAAUUUAAACCCCUAAAAAGUACGACGAGCGCCCCGGCCACUUUUAUAGGGGAGUACCCCCCCCGGUCAUUGUGUUGUAAUUUUUAGCCUAUUCUUUGAGCUUGACAUUAAACAAGAUGUAAUGCGCAAGCCCUGGUUAAGCGAGCAAGAUUUUGCUCCUUUUUGCUAAUUUCUUGUAUUUUGGGGUAACUGUCACGGAGAGUUUAUUAGGCAGAGAGCGUCUAAUACAAACUUUACUUCGAAGAGGGGGCGUCUAUUAGACAAGAGACGUGUAUUUGAGAGGGGGCGUCAAUAUGAUGAUCAUUUACGGAUUUACGGUAAACCAGAAUCAAAGAAAAUAUGAGGACAUCGGCAGGGAAUUCUGGACCUCUGGGUUAAAUCUGACUGAGCAACCAGCUCUUCCCAAUUGGCCUCGUCGCUUAUUCUGUUAGGGCGCUGGUAGAUCUAACCCAGAGGUCAUGAGUGCAAUCCUCACCGAGAUGAAGAACAUUUACUGAGUCGUGAAGUAUAUAUGAAAUAAUUCAUUUUUCAACUGCGGUUGUAGAUGAAAGUUGACCUCGCUCCCAAUGUGUGGCUUCAUAGCUCAGUUGGUAGAGCAACGCACCAGUAACGCGGAGGUCACGGGUUCGAAUCCCGUUGAAGCCCUUAUUUUUUUCAGGCUUCUUCUUUCCAGUUGCUUAAACUGGAAAAUUUACUGCGAUGAUCAUUCUUCACUUUCAUUAACUGUGUCGUUAACGCGCAGUUUUCACCAUGUUUGCAUACUCUCAUGCAAACAUGCCUUUCGGCUAAUCACAGCGCGAGUACUAUCUUAGUUAUUUCAUACGCUUAUUUUUAGGCAAUGAAACUUCAAUAGCGAGAUGCACCUUCCGUGGAUGGGGUAUUGAAAAUUGCGCCCACAACGAGGACGCUGGCGUGGUCUGCUCCAGUCCUGGCAACGCUCGUGACUGUCUUAAAGAUUGUGACACUGACAAUGGCUUCUUUGAGGAUUUAUCCCACGGAUUCAAAGUUUGCGGUAAAUGUAGUGACAAUUGCCACACAUGUUAUGGAAACCUUGAAAACUGCACAACCUGUCCACCAAAUUACUUCCUCAACUCGACAGGGAGUGCAAAUGGAACUUAUAACUGUGCCCCGAGUUGCCUCGAUGGGUACUUUGCAGACCGUGUCUUAACAAAAUGCAUGCCGUGUGACAAGAACUGCUACAAUUGCGAAGUAAAAAAAGACAACUGUACCGCGUGUAAGGGAUUCUUGAGGGAUAACAAAUGUGUUGCUAACUGCCCGGAUAGUGCACUGACCUUGCAGGGCGUGGACGGCAUCCGAUUGGUUGGCGCCAACUCAACCGUAGAGGGGAGAGUUGAGAUACUUCACGAUGGUAGCUGGGGUACGAUCUGCGAUGAUAAUUUUGAUUUGAAUGAUGCCCAUGUCGUAUGUCGACAGCUGAAGCUUGGAACAGCGGUCGAGGCUCGCACCAGAGCUAAAUAUGGACAGGGGACCGGGAAAAUCUGGAUCGAUGAUUUGCAAUGCAUAGGAGUGGAGAAAAACGUCAAGGACUGUCGAAUGAAUUCUGGUAAGGAAAAGUAGUAUAAGAAUUCAUCCUGUAGCAAAAGGAUGACGCAGAGUAUAGAAAAGUGACGCACCUGAACUUACAACAAAAAGCAAAGCUUCGACUAUUCCUUCUAUUAGCAAGCGCAUGUUUAAAAAAUUUAAAGGUAAUGAUUAGAAAGUCGGUACCAUGUUCGUCUAGUAAACUUUAUAAACGGGUGCUUGAAAGUAGAUUUGGUACAAUUUUGCCUCGUACCUGUCUUGACCUAAUAAUAUGGCCAAUUUUUUGGUUUUGUCUAUAACCGAGAAAAUCUCAGACGGUCUAGGAACAUUCAGAUUAUCCCCGGUUGGUUGGGAUAUUUGCUACUUUUGGAGCGUUUCAGUAAGACCAAAAGUCCCCGAAAUUCUCAAACAAAAACGAAGCCGAAAAUCUGAUAACGAUUGAGUGAUUGGGAACGUCUACCAUUUAAGCCGUAAAUUACAGCUAUUCCACUGAGGAAAAUCCGGGCUUGCAUCCCGUCGUUCGUACUUGUUUUCGAAAUGUCCGAAUAACUGAAAGAAACUGACCCAUUCAAUCCUGUUUAACUUUUUGAAUGUGACGUCAGAAUUAUUUUUUUGGCCAUCGACGGAACCAAUGACACCAGACUUAAGACGUUUUUGAUGUUGUUGUUGUUGUUGUAAAGGUGCUGUGGCCUUGCGGUUUCACGCGUUUUUGGUCUGACUAUUGAAUCAUCCGCUUUUUUUGUCCGAGAUUCCUCGUUGCCAAGGUAAAGAUGCUGUUUAACCAGGAUUCAGGAGUUGAUCAAAUACACAUUUAUUACAAGCUUACUCCGAUCCCGGCGUAUCUAAUCGAACUUUCGGUAAUCAAACAUAAUAGAACUCACAAUAAAAUUUGGUCAAUCGAACGAGAUCGAACGUUCGAUUACCGAACGGUCGACGGUCGUUCCAAAUCAAAAGUGCGAUUACCGAACUCUUGUUUGUUUUUUAUUGUUAAAUAAUAUUAAACAUUGGUAAAAAACGAAGUAUUGAAAAAAUGCCGAAAUAUUACCCUGUUAUCAAAAAGUGUAUAUUUUGCAGGAAUUUUGUACGGUGAACCGUUCCCCUAAUCCCCUCGAAUCCUUUGAUAGCGAUUUGGUAGGACGAUAGUCACGUCUGCAUAAUUAGCAAUUAAUGAAUCCGGCUUUCGUAGGAUAUGAAGAAUUAAGCAGAUCGAGGAAGGUGGAUAACACCCUCUGAGAUCUGCUUAAUUCUUCAUAUCCUACGAAAGCCGAAUUCAUUAAUUGCUUUAUUAUUCAUUCAAAAUAAUUCAUAGUUUAAAAACAUAGCUAAAACAUGCUUACCUUCAUCGAUGUUAAAGGGAACCUCCACUUCAACAAAAAGAUAACUUUAAAUCACAGGAAAUAACUGUUACAGUCAAGUCAAUCUAAAAUAUUUUUAAAGAAAGCGUUUGUAUCCGAAAGAAAUAACUUUUAGAUUCGCCUAUUUUUGUUUUCAAAUUUUGCGGGCGUCUCCAUCUUGAAUAAUUGUGAGGUGCUACGGUUGCCCUAUUGUUAUUAAACAAAAGCUCUUUGUGUCAGAACAAUAGAGCAACCGUAACACGUCACAAUUAUUCAAGAUGGCAGCGCCCGCGAAAUUUGAAAGUGAAAAUAAGCGAUUUUAAAAUUCACUUUUCCUGAUAUAAACACUUUUUUUAAGGACAAAUUUCGAACAAAUUUGUUUGUCAACAGAAUUUUAUUCGAUUUAAACUUAUUCUGUAGUAAGAGUGGAGGUUCCCUUUAAGUUCAUCUUCGAUAGUGUACGUUUAGGUUUGUCCAGCUCCGCAAAUAUUCUCCAAAUAGCAGAUGUCGCCCUCCGAGUUGUCUUCUUUUUGUUUUUGCCAUGUUUUUAGUUAUUAUUUCGCCUAGUUCCAGCUGUAGUUCUUACUCUUGAAACGGGUGAAAUGUCCACCAUUUUUUUUUCACAACCAAAACAACUCAACCUCGUCCCCAAGUCUUCUCGGUAACGGUGCCUUAACCUGUAGCGGGCUGCAUUUUUGACGACAUUUCCACGUUAAAUACAAAAUUCUUCCAAAUUUGGUCAUCAGUAACUGGUUAUGGUGAAUUAUGCGCGUGCGUUUAGCCAAUCAAAAUUGGGGAAAUAUUUUGAAUGAACAAAAGUACCCCAUAAUAGCCACGUGGUCGGGGGAAAUUUCUACUGAAGGUCGAAUUACGGCGAGUGUUGUGGCGACGUUCAGAGCAGAAGCCAUUUCCUUGCCACUAUUAUAAAAAUGUAAACUACAAUGCAUUUCAGUAUUUAACUGUCGUUUUGUUCUCUUGUACAUAUCUAUAACCUAACAUUGACAUUCAGUUUGAUAUUCGGACUUUUUUCUAUCAAUCACAUUCAAUAACAGCCUGCGCCACAGACGAAACUGAACUCUGGUUAAGUCCGUCAACGAAACAGUGCCAAAAUCCUUGUCCUGGGCCCCAGGCUAAUUCAAUAAAGGUUGAUUGUGAUUACUUCUUCGUGAUUUACUUAUCAAGAAAUGGAUUCCGAUUGCAUUUGAUUUUGUUCAAUUGGUUCGAUAAUCGAACUCAAAACAAAAUAGAUGUUCGAUUAUGUUCGAUUACCGAACCCAAUCGAACUAUUGGCGUUUGAUUGGAUUCGAUUGAAUUUUGGUUCGAUUUUGUUCGGUUCGACACGCCGGGCCCGAUCUAACAACCUCGCGCUCGCACAUCCGGGACCUUAAGUUUACACAAUACAAUGCCAUAUAAGGUAACGGCGUUUCAAUUGUAGUUUUUGCUUAUAUGCAGGUGGGAUUGGCAAACAUAACUGCAGACACACAGAAGAUGCAGGGGUCAAAUGUUCAGGUCCUGAUAUGUCUAAGAGAUGUGUGACAUCUUGUGGGGAUGGCUUCUUCAAGACCUCAGGAAAGAAAUGCGAGCGGUGCUUAUUAAAGUGCAAAACCUGCAAAGACAAAGCAGAUUCCUGCACCAGUUGCGACUUUCCUUUCUUUUACGCGAAUUCUUCUUCGGACUGCGUUACCAAGUGUCCACCUGGUUUCUAUGGCAACACCAAGGAGCGAUUAUGCAAACCUUGUGACAAAGUUUGCCUGACGUGCUCGAAUGGCGAAACCGGCGAUCAAUGCCAGUCUUGUCCAAAGGGAUUGUUCUUAAGUAAGUCAUUACUCAAUCUUAAUUCAAUUUACCCGCGAAGGGAAUGAUAGAGUUAUUAGGUGCUUCUAACUUUUGUUCUUAUGGUGUUACUAUUCAAAUGAAUUCUCUUCAGCAGUGUUUUCAUAUGAUUCUUUUUCCCAGUAGUUUGCAAAACAUAUUCAAGAUACGAAUUCUGACUUUACCCUCUUUGGCCAAUAUUUGUGUAGGAGUUUAUUUAGGGCUUUUAUGAAGAUUUCGUAGUGUUAUACACCUCUGUACAUACUCAGUGGCCCCACUCAAAAAAAUCUCUUUGUGCGAUCAUUUCAGUUUUGAAAUUUGGAUUAAGCUACUUAAUCAGAGUUCAUUAGUUAGUGCUAUUGCUCUCGCUCGGCCACAUGGCUUGUUUUGUAUAAUUCAUGCACAAGAUAUACAGGUCAUAUAGUUGAAACACUCACAUGGAGUAGAUUUACCCAUUUUGAUUGCACUGGUUUUUACCGUCACUUAUUUAACCGACAAAAGAGGAUAGGAAAAGAGAAAGAAAAUUUCCACUGAAACCUUUCGAAAUGGUUGCCACGUUUUGUUUUCAGAUGGCUCCUCUUGCGUGGAUGAUUGCGGAGAUCUUAGCUCUGUGUCAUCACUGUUUCCUUCAAAGCCCUCAGAACCCGUCGUGCGAUUAGCAGGAGGCGCGAGUCCAAAUGAGGGGCGCGUCGAGGUCUUUUACGAUGGAAUAUGGGGUACUGUCUGUGACGAUGGUUGGGAUAAGAAUGACGCUAAUGUGGUUUGUAAAGAACUUGGAUUUGGAAAUGCGAAAGCCACUAAUCCACCCGAAUCUAACUAUCCCAAAGGUCAGUAAAGUAAAGCUAUUGUAUCAGGACUUUUACUAGUUAGCGGAACAACCUUUCCUACUUUUCAUGUUUAUGUAGGUCCAUUUUUGUUCCAUUUUAUCUAUUGUACCAAAUACGAUAGGCUGUGCAGCAGGCGUUCGGAAGUAAUAUGCAAGAAAGAACUGGGCGCGCGAGGGGGGCACACAGGAUGUGAGAGGAAGCCCCCUCGUCUCUCGCGUGUCUCUCUCGCGCGCUUGCGCCAAUUUGGAUGCCCAUUGCGAUGCCAGCAGUUGUUUUUGAUCUUGAUGUUCACCAUCAGUUGCGCUUUUUUACCCGUUGCCAUCUUCUUUCGAUUUAGUACUAUGAGUUUAGUGUGAACAUGCAAAGCCUCAGGUUAAAGAUAUCAUUGUCAUUGAACACUGAAGGUAGAUAAAAACGAUGAGGGGGACUUCGACAGUGAUGAGACCCCCCUCCUACAAACACACGCUUAUAACCCCCCAGUUUUAGGCCCCUCUCCCUGUAAACAAAGUCCCCGCGAUAGAAACUCCCUGCAUUGAAGAGAUUUCGAUGAUUAUGACGUUUUGAAGCUUGAAGCAGUAUUAAAACGCUUAAAACGUAUUUUGAUCAGCACUGCUAUAGCUUGUUUCGAAACGCUUUUCCUACGGCUGGUUAUAAGAGCCCUCGGAUAAUCCCUUACGAAGAUGUUUAAGACAGAUUUCAUUUAAUUCUGUGAACAGUGUUUAGAUGAUAAAUUUGCCAAAAUAGAGUUCCUUCUGUACAAGUUAGCUGGGCAGAGAUCUGGCCUGCGAACAAGCUCUCCGGGGUGCUCUGGCAGGGGGGCGGGAAAAAGAAAAAGAGCUUGCAACUACGUCUCUGGAAUUUGACUGCCAUCUCCAAUUCCUCUGUGGUUCCCCGUCGACUGAGCUGUCAGAUUUUCACCAAUCAGCGCGCAGCGGGAGCUAGCGCGAAUGUAAACAUGUGCCAAGGGUAAUGACGUCAUUACCGCCAAACGGCAUUUUGCAUCGAAUUUUUCGAUACAGAUUUACAAAUUCCAGAGACGUAGUUCCGAGCUCUCCUUCCUUUUCCCGCCCCGCCGCCAAAGCACCCCGAAGAGCUUGCUCGCAGACUACAGAAACAAAACAAACAAACGAACAAAAAAGCCCCUAGGAGAGCUCUAUCGUUGGGGUCCAUUGUUUCUUUUGUGAUGACGGUACUAGCAGAAAGACCCCAAAAUUUCUUGUAUUCUCGCGCCUUUACGGCCGUUGGUCCUCAUUCCAGACCUGCGAUUAUCCAGAGUUAAUUCUUUUUAUAUUUUUCAUUUAUUGUAUAUCAGGAAGUGGGAUAAUAUGGUUGGAUGGUGUUCGUUGUAUCGGAUUCGAGUCGUCAUUAACGCUUUGCCUUCAUUCUGGCUGGGGAGAAACUAACUGUGAUCCAAGUCAUGGUGAAGAUGCAUGGGUGAUCUGCGACAAUUCAACUGUUAAGGAUCUAAGUAACAACUUUUGUAGACAAGUCAACAGUGGCUCUUGCGCUGACCAUCAGGUAAUUAUUCACAAUGCUAAUUCUGUGCGCGCACACUAUAUCGGAUGGCUUUUGCGCCGGUACGAAAACCACACCAAACCAGUUUGGUCAAACCAGUUUGGUCUAAAAAUAAGUGGGGGCUGGGCCCCCUGGACCCCUCCCCUGGAUCCACCACUGCCACAUAUCGGAUAGGUUCAGUGCCACACUUUGGUGCAGUGUAAACAAGUAUUCGGAUUCUAGCGGAAGUGAAUAAAUAGGAGCGAGGACUGGAAUCCACUCUGAGACGGAAGUAGGAGCCAUCAACGGAAGGAAAUAUUUAGAAUGAGGACUGAGAUUUAGUUCACCAAACCCUCUCGGCCAAUCUGCCCGGAACGAUAUUCGAUGCGUGUGAAAGAGUUGUUUCAGUUCUGUGCCGUUGCUGUUUACACUAUACCUACCGGAUGGCUUUUCGCGUCGGCACGAAAAGCCAUUCGGGAUAGUGUAAACAUAGGCUAAGGUCUAAACACGCUCGUCUAAUCCCUGUAUGGCGUUUUCCCAGUCCUUAUCGGUCAAUACAGACCCAAAACGCAUCGGUCACACGAGAUAAUGAGCCCCAGACACGAGGCAAGGAACACCGUAUGCGACCUGUCGCUGCAACACGUCGUGGCCGCGAAUUUCCCUUUCUGCUGCUCGCAACCCAGGGUCGAACCCGAACCUCCAACCCGGACCUAAUCUCUCUCCUUUACCACUACACUACCAUACCGACCCGCCAAAAUCCUGAAAAGAUUAAGUACAUUAACUACCAAACCAGAGUCAUUCUUAACUGAGACAUCAAUAACAGGUGACCCCUAGCUCUUUCCAUAACUUUUGACGCAAAUUCAACUUGAGCUUCAACGCUGUUCUUUCUAAGACUGUUUAAAAACGCAUCAUUUGCCUUAUUGUAACUUAAUCCAGGGAAUAUAUAACAUCCAUCAUGACUAAAGGCUUGGUUACCAAUGGUGGUAUCGACCGUUAAAAAUGGCAAUGACCUUUUACGAAAGGGAAUAGGCGUCGGGUUACACAAAGAACUCACUGAAUUAUCUGUGCUGCGACGUGCUGCUGCAACUUGAUAGCCCGCGUAGCAGGCAUCGAAAAGAGGGGGGGAUUGGGAGGAGGAGAAAAAGGGAGGGCGAAGCUUCUCUCCCUUCCCCUUCCCCCUCCCCCUCCCCCUCCCCUUUUUAAGUUUGCCACGCAGGCUGCAGCUUGACACCUAGUGUGUGCCGAUUUUUAGUGCCAGCGAUAAUCUAUCAGAUUGUAGGCACACGGUUGACCGUCAUAUAUUAUUUUUAGCUGUCAAGUAUUUCUGACAUGUCAUAGAGCUUGUGAAGGCAUCGGAUGAAAGUGUGUAAUUAGUUGAUGCAAUUGACAAGGAAGAACUGAAGCGGUAUUGGAAUUCGACGUAGAACGUAGAAAUACGAAUUCCAGUGUCCCGAAUACAAUGUGAGAUAAAAGCCAAGGGCGUCAAAAGAGCAUUAGGCCCAGUUCAGACGCUAACUUCACAUGAGCCGAAUGGGAUUCUUACUUAGGCCGGCUGAAUUGAUUCAGACUCCGAUCUUUAUUCCAGUCGAACGAAAUUUAAAAGGGAAAGAAUGCGCAUGUUGGACAAAUACACUAUAAAAAUGUGCAUUUAGUUCAGCCCAUGUGAAGUUCAGCGUCUGAAUCACCGCUGGUCCGCAUCCGUUUCUCCCGGUUAGCCAGGCGUGAAGAACAGCUGAGCCGAUCCAUUCAAUGAGCCGAUCCGAAUUUAUUCAGAAGCCGUACUUGUUCGCAUGAACUUAAUUCAGUGAAUUCGAUUCGGCUCAUGUAAAGUACGACAUCUGAACCGGGCCUUCCUGCGGACCAAAUCGCCCUGAGCUCGUUUUUUCCUUUCUGUCACAUUUUGAUCUUAUCUGGAAUCUACAAGUGUGUAAACGAAAAUACGAAAGGCAAAAUAAAUUCUAUUCAUUAUCACCCUGUAUCUGAUUUCCUCUUUUCAAGGCUUAACGAAGAAUUUUCCUCGUUGUUCGUAUGUUUUGUGUUCACUAAUUGUUAACUGACGUGCGUUGCUCUUCUAGUUAUGUGACAGUCACACUGGCGUGACGUGUGUUGACUUGGACCUUUAUAACCAGAAUGGAAUAGAAGAAUCAGUGUGUAUGCGGUGCCCAGAUGGUUACACAGGGGAUGGAAGAGUUUGUAGGGGUAUGGCGCACAUAAUUUUCUACUGUAUCCAUUUAGUACCCGGCUGUACAAGAAAACCAAAACCUAAAACAAAGUGGACAGAGCCUUUGUUUGAGGAUUUCCAUUUUUUUCGCGAACUUUUUAUCGGAAUGAAAUUUCCUGUUAACCGUCUGCAUCAGUGAUGGAUUGGAAUAGUAAUUUUGCGGAUUGACUUCAACUUUCUUCUUUUUCGCAUGCUUCUGUCGUGGCGUAAAAAAGGUGAAGGUUCGACCCAAGCAGAAACAGAGAUAGGAGAAAAAGGAAACCUUGUGUUUAUUCCCUCUCUGCUUCCGAUUAUGAUUCAGUCUCUGUUUCAUGCAUGAUUUACAAUUGACGUCCAAGCUCCUGCAAUCUCUGUUCCCCCUGGCCUCUUCUACUUUCGUAGGUUAGGUAAAGGCGCGCACGAGCCAAAGGGAAACUCGGCCGGAGCUUAUGCCGGUUUCCGUAGCAUGAAGAGCAAGCCUAGGAGCAUUGUUGCUCCUCCCUGUAUGGGAUGCAAGUCCAUCGCGGGGUUACCCCCCAGAAGUAUGUCGCCGGUACCCUCGCGACGGGCGAGGCUUGAACUCCAGACCUCCAGAUCCAGAGUUUGAGGUGUUAACCGCUCGGCCACACACGUCUCCACCUUCUACUUUCGUGGCUAGUAUUAUAGCAAAAUUCGUUGAAUCGCGCUGUACGUUUUGCAAACUUCGAAGGAGUUUUGGGUUUUUCUGUUCUGUCAAUUAUCUUACUGGACCUCUUAGGAAACACAUGUUUACUUGUUCAAGCUUUAAAGGUCAUGGUUUGUGAUUCGUGAUUUGUGGAUUUCGAAUCGUUUUGUUUGUUUCGUGUUUCAGGGCUCGUCGCUUUGUGAUCGUCCUGUUUCGGGCAAUAAUCGACUAGUUAAGUUUGCUUCGCAGAUUUUCCUGAUCUUUCUUAUUCUUGUUACUUCCAAGAAUAACGCAACGUCUGCCUCCUCCCUUCGACAAAAAAAGUCUACUCACCAUCGCGAUUUCCUUCGCUAUUCUUGAACAGUCUAGAGUCAUUCUCAGCCAAGCUGGGCGAGCACGUUACAUUGUGAUUUACAUUAACCCCGCCUUUACUAAAAUGAUUGACGGAACAGGAGAACCCAAAAUCCCUUCGAAGUUUGCAAAAGGCGCAGCGCGAUACAACGAAUUUCGAUGUAAUUUAUCUGCAUCGUUUUCUUAUCGAAUUCUUUGCUCCUUAGUUGUAGCUUCCAGUCCUCCCGUGUUUGAUCAAGUACCAGUCAAUAACGUUACCGCCCAGUUCCAACGUGCCUUCAGUAUUCGCUGUUCCUCCAAGCCUCCUGUUGUAUACCCGUCCGUGUGGGACUGGAAAAAGGAUGGCCAGCCUCUCUCGGCUGAUGAUAUAACAAACAAACGGAUCACCUCUUCAGCGGGGAGAUUGCUUGUGAAAUUUGCUGUUGCUGAAGAUAGUGGAAACUAUACGUGCACUUUGGUUAACAGCGCAGGAUCAAUUGAAAGUACAGGGACGGAAGUCAUUGUGAAAGGUUAGAAAAGCAAAUAGAUGUAUUUUAACAGGAGCCCAUAACCCGGAGAGUGCAACUCCCAUACUUAGCCCAUGCAACCGGCGUUUUUACGGAGUAAGUUAUUUUUAGCAUCAUUUUGGAGCACUUUUUCCCGCGGAAAUGGAAGCAUCGUUCCGUAUGCGUGGGCAUGCAAAGUACGAUAAUCAAAAGAGAAGAAGUUAAGGCUAUCAAAACGUCAGAAAUGUUUUUUUGAGUCUUAGUUUUUUAGAUGACUGAUUUGUAAGACUUAUUUGGUAUUAAAACUUCGCGGGAAAAUCGAUCUAAAAAUAAAUGGGUUUGUGAAGUUGCUCGUUCCGGGUUAUGCACUCCUAAUUUUGAAUAAAAAAUUCCAAACAGAACGAAAAAUCACUUUUUUUCUUUGUAUUCUAAAAUGCAAAAUGUUUCAUUCAUUCCAGUCUCGCCUCAGAUCCCCGGAGUCAAGUCAGCAGACGUAUACGAGGGUGACACUGCAAUAUUGGCCUGUCUCGUUUCUAGCUUUCCCUCUUCAAACAUAACCUGGCGGCGCUAUGGCAACGUACUGUAUAGCAAUAAUAAAUACAUCAUCAAUAGUAACUACACUUUGCAAAUCAAGAAUACGGUGUUUCAGGACGCUGGUGACUAUGAAUGCGAAGUUACCAAUGAGCUGGGUGGAGCGGUCGCUAAUGUCACGUUAUUUGUUGGAUGUAAGUACAAUAGAAGGACCUGGAAGCCGCUGUUCUCGGCAGCCGUUUAUCUUUCCUUUACACUCUCCUUUCUUUCGAUGGACAUUUCUAUAAGACUGAAUAUCUCCCUGAAGGAAGACAUAUUGGCUAGGGUUAUUCUCUUCUGUAAUUCAUCUGGUACUUUCUUUGGCCAAGACAGUUAUCAUAUUUUAUAACUCUUAUAACUUCACUUUCUUAAUAACAGCGGAGUGUCCCUCAUUGGUGGAUUGACUUUAUACCCAAAACAUGCUAUAGCAAGAAUGAACGCACAAGGCGUUUGUUUAUGUCUUACUUAUUACUCUACUUUUAAGACCCUGCUUUAGUUCAGAUUCGGCAAUUAGACCUUGGCAGAUCAUAGUAGGAAAGUUCAUUAUCCAUUUAUCCACAUCCCACUUCUCCCCUCCUCUUCCCUCCCUUCCUAAGGAUGGCGGGUUUUCGAAUAGGGGGUUCGGAUUUUUUUCCUCAACGAAGCCAACAAAAUUUGGAGCCCUCAGACAAAUUUUUGAAAGGUGCCGACAAAAAAUUAACCCUUCGGAUUUCAUUUUUCAAAAGGCGCCGACAAAAAAUUGAGGGUCUGGAUUCCAGUCAUCUUUAGUGGGGAGGGGUGCGGAUAAAGAACGGAACGUCCCUUUACAGCUGUUGUCUACAAGUUUCUUGUGAUCCAUGUGCAUGACCUGAAAUGUUUUUUUCUUACAUAGUAACAAUGCAAUUCACGAACUUCCCGCAGAAACAGAACAUAGUUUCACCAGGCCAGAAAGUCACUCUUCCCUGUGUUGUGAGAGCCUUUCCAGUCCCCAAAACGGCAUGGAAGAAGGAUGGGGAGCUGGUAACUAAGGAUGAUAAUCACAUGAUCACUUCUUCAGAGAUGACGAUAAAGAAGGCAACCAGAUCGGAUAUGGGCAGCUACUCCUGUAUAGCUUGGAACAGAGGCAGUGUUCAGGCCAAGUCUACUCUUGUGCUCAUAACUGGUAAGGAUAUUUCUUCCCCAUUAUAAAUACAGCGAUUUUCUGCAACACAUCAGUGGGAAUUCAGGGAGAGCGUCUGGAGUUAAUCCGGGACCUUAAAUUUAGACCAAAUUUUCUCGCCCAGAAAUGUUGUUCAGCUUUAACUCAGAGAGACAGACUUGCUCCCUACGUCUGCAACUUCAUGUUGUUCAGUUGCUUCCAGGCAUCUUCAUACACGUCAUCAGGCAGUUCAUACACAAUUUCUUUCAUGUAAAUCAUUUCUAGACACUGUUAGGAUAUCUAGGCUAGGCUAGGAAAAAGUUAAAUCAGUCAAUAUUCGGCCUAGUUGAUUGUCACCAAGAAACCUAAUAUCUCUGCUGCUUCAGUUGGAAUCUCUCUCAUGUAUAGUUCUUUGUGGACCUAAACUCCCGGAGGGCACUCCCUUAUUUGGCCUAGAUGUGUAUGUAUCGCUGAACAGUUUUAAAUGGUUUUCAGGGUCUUAUAUAGCGUCUUGAACAUGAUGUCUUUUUGGACCUGGAGUGUAGAGGUUGUCGAUGGGCGGUCUGAAAUCUAAUUGCUAAAUGAUGUUCGUUAUAAAAAAUCUUGAAUUCUAUAUGAGCAACUAAAUGAAUCAGGGUCAUAAAAUAAGUUAUCUUGUCUUAAACAGGGUAGCGAAAAGGACAAUUUUUGUCUUAACUAACAGGUUCAAGGAUUGCAGGCCUUGCUCCAGGGGACAAGUAAACAAGAACCCUGGGAACGAGGCCUGACGAUAACCAAUCGGGAGCCAUCAAGCAAGGGCUCCUGGCAUUCGCCUCAUUCCUAGGGGAGUAAUUUGUGAACUCCGCUCACCAAACACUGUGGACAAAACCAUCAACAGUCCUUUCAGAUCUGCUUCGAUUGAGUUUACUUGUAUUUUUUACUUAAAUCUAUCAGGUCGUCCUAAAAUUGGCAUUGGGCCGGAGAAUCAUUAUGUUCUUUCUGGUGCUACUGUAUCAUUCUAUUGUGUUGGUUAUGGCGACCCACAACCAGAACUUACUUGGACGAAAAACGGAGAAAGUGUCAAGGAAUCAGACAGGGUAAAAAUUGAUAAAUCAAGGAGAGAGCUUCGGAUUACUGCAGCCGACUUUAAAGACGCUGGCACAUACGAGUGCACAUACAGCAACAAACAUGGCGAAGAUAAAAAAUCAGCUGUGCUUAAUGUGGAUGGACAAGCUGGAGUCGGUAGGUGGUUUAUUUCUGUAGUAGGGUAGAAUAUUGAACCAAUCCAUUACAAAAGGCUUGUCGACUUUGCUGCCCAGUAAAAAUUUGAAGACCAUAGACAAUAGACAAGCCUGACCUUUUAGUUCUAAAGGUCCUUUCCAGUUUCAAAAUGAAGAGGUAAGGGAAGAACGUUGUUUUGCAGAAAUAGAACAUCUCAGUUGCUGAAUUCAAUCCAAUAGCUGAAGUAUCUCGUCCGCAUUCUUUUGCCAGGUGCUCGUUUUUCCCAUGCAUGAGUGCCCCGUCGCGUGGGCCAAAACCUUGUGGUUCGCUUGUCUUCUCUGGUUAACUCAGCCCAUAAGAGGAGAUACACCGAUCUAAGAUUACCUUAACCCCUUCUUUCAUAAACGGCCUAGCAGGCCCGGGUGUAUCAUUUAAGUGUUAAGCAAUUAAUCUGAUCAAUGGCAAUGUACUGAAUCAUAUGGCAAAAUACAAAAAAAUCUUUCUUUGGGCCGAAUUCUAGGGCCUAACACUGGUGGAAGCAAAUCCAGUGGACUCAGCAAAGGAGCAUUGGCUGGAAUUAUCAUCGCUGUUGUGUUAAUUGUUGUUCUUGUUAUCGCCGUCGUCGUCUACAAGUGCCGCAAAACGUCGUAUUACAGAGGAGAUCGCCUCGUAGACAAACCCGCGCGUUUUUCUGACUUGAAGUCCAAAUUUGGAAGAACGACCGAGGUUCCAUAUCAGGAGGACAUCGAUUAAUAAAAAUAUUAUGCCUUCACCGCCUGCAGGCAUGUUUUGUUUUCAUUUUGAGUUUGCACAACGAAAGAAUAGAAAAGGGUAGUGUAUUAUACACUAAACGUGUAAAGGAAUUAAUUUUAAAAUAAACUGAUUUAGUGCUUCGUCGUUGUCUUUGGAGACACGGAGGCAGCUAAUAAUGAGGGGAUAUCCUCGGUUCAAAGCACGGUACAAUCAGAGAUUACAAGAAGAAUGAUUGAGGCUGCUUCCUUUUUUUUUCUUGUAACGUAAACUCUCAGCUAGCUUUCUCCGCCCCAAUUAGCUACCUCUGGGUCUCUGAGGAUGGUGCUUCGUCGUUCGAGGAGCAAAACCCGCAUUUUGGGCGAUUAUCUGCUGUGGUUUAACGUUAUUUGACUAAAAUGAAGGAUCCAAAAGCUGAUGUUUCGCGCUCUAGCCCUUUCUUGAAUGCGCCAAAAAGACUUGGCGCUCGAAGGGAAAGCUUUUCAAUAUAAGAGAUAUGUUUAUUUACUGUUGAAUCCGGAAUACAGCUCAAGGAAUCCGGAAUCCCAUUAACGAUUGUAACCCGGAAUCGAAGUUCCGCUGACAAAGAAUCCGGGAUCCAAUUCUUGGAGACACUAGGGAAGCAAUAGGCUAGAUGCACCGAGCGCCAUCCAAAAAGGAGCCGUCUGCGUGUCGGCUUCAGACGUAUUGGCAUGAAUUUGUUAAAGUAGAAGUUUUUCCUUUACAUGUAACCCUUGAAAAGAGUUCAUUUUUUCUAUAUUAAAUUUCUUACGCGUCUACCGCCUACUUAUUAUCCUAAGGUGUUCCAAAAUCAAAUUUCAGGUGAUUUGUAAUUACAAUCCCGCGAUUUAUGAAGACCGAAAACAAAUAGUGAGUUGUUGUUAGCCUAUAGCUCAGGUGCUUCUCACAGAACUAUUGGAAUGUAGACAGAGUUAGAGCUUACAGUAAGGUAAAUCUCAUAAGAUCAGUAAAGCCAAGAUAAGACGAGGUUUGGUCCGCGAAAUGUCAAUUAUACAAGCAAAUAGAAGAUGGAUGUCGGUCUGAAGACUACGUACUCGCUGUCGUUUUGAUAUAUCAAGCCAAACGAAAACUUACCGGAUGGUUUACUGCUCUCAGAACUAAACAGUUAGUUGUGAAUUAUAUUGUUUACAGUUAACAAGUAAUUUAAAUAUACAUAGGUUGUUUAAACGGUAUUAUAUUUUUUUGUUUAUAGGAAAAUGCACGCUGUAGUUUUAUGUUUUAAAGACGUAUGGUAACAAAACUGUACCCCGCGUUUUCAUGGCACAGUAGUUUCACAUUUUUGGAGCUUCUUUUUGUAUUAAUUUGUACAUGUAUAAUAAACUCUGCUUUUUCAAAUUUU